AAGCAGCAGAAUGUUAGUUUUAACGCAUGCAUAGCGGGAAGCUUGAGAAAAUUUGUAGUUCGAGUACGCGGGUGGAUACAGUACAAAACCGUGUCUUUCAAUCUGUAUAAUUUCUCUUAAUAAGAAAACAGUUUUUAACUUUAAUGUUCCAUUUUGAUGAAACAUUGGACUUUUAGAGGGAAUGUCUUAUACAUGUACUACAGAUGUUUUUGGGUAAUUCAUUGAGUAUUUCUUACUAUAUGAGAAAAAACUGCAGCUAACAGAAUGUCCUGUUCUUAUCCAGUAUGGGAAGGGAAAGUGGUUUUAACUAUGCAAAAGGUUGUCAAUCCUUCACAUUUUGUGGUAAGAGAAGCUCCCAGUAUUCACAUGUCUAAAAAUCUUAAGGAGUUCAUCAAAUUGGAGGAGCUAAUCAAUAGAAACCUGAAACACAUUCAUUCUAAUCCUCACUCGAGUGAUUUGCCUUUUUUGGGAUCUCUCGUUAUAGUUCAUUGUUCUCGUGAUAAACAAUGGUAUAGAGCAAGAAUAGAAGGAAUUGUAGACAGUACCAGAGGAGUAUGUGUCAGUGCAUACCUUGUUGAUUAUGGCUACACUAUCCUUGUAGAAAGACACUGGGUUCAGUACACUUCAGAAACUGUAUUUGAUAUCCCAUUUCAAGCUGUCAAUUGUUUUCUCCUUGGUUUGAAGCCGAAAAGCAUGACAUUGCUAGAUGGUGUAACAGUGACUCACGGUCCAAGCAAGAAAUGGGAUACUGCUGCCUUUGAAUUUGUACAGAAACUUGUAAACCAGUCUGGAAACACGUGGACUGAAGUUGCUCAUCAAGAUGAGGAGGGCAACAUCUAUGGUCAGCUUUUUUUUUCUAUUGGUGGUGAAACAGUUUGUCUAAAUGAGGAACUACUUAAUCAGAACUAUGCCUGGUAUUCAGAAGAAGAAGUUCAAAAAGUGAUGUCAAAGUCAAAAGAAGAGGUGAUACCACCAACAAGUGUGAACAUGGAGUCCUCUUUGUCUGUCAGUCACUCACACCUUCUUUUUGAAGCAAAUCAAAAAAAUAUUGCACAAAAAAAGAAGUAUGAGGCAAUGAAGCCUAGUGAAAGGAGAAAAUUUGAGGAAGAAGACGAAGCUGGUCUGAAUUCUCCGAAGUUAGGCCAAUCUAGAACUGAGCAACAGCCACAAUCUUAUGUAAACUAUCGGAACAAUAGAUCACCUAAUUCCAGGGCUUGUAUUGGUCGUGGCAUCUUUCGAACUCCACCCAAACAGAAUAUGUCUUCAUUUCAGGUUUCUCCUGAUGGAAAAAAAGAAGAGAUUUUCAAAAGUAAUGAAAAUAAAUAUGCUUCGCUCAUGUCAAGUGGGAGGACUCCAGAUUUAAAAGUAACAGGUAGAAGUUACAGAGAUCUUCCAGGCAUCGCCAGAAUGCCUCCAAAAGCUGAAGAGGCAAAUUUACGAGGUGGACUUAAGAUGCUUCUUCAGUCUGCAAAGAAUUCAGAGGAAUCCAGUCUUGAAAGUAGUGAAAAGAUUGCUACUAGAACAGGCUCUCAGAAGUCAUCCCUUAAUACAGAAAGUGAUGCUUUGACAUUGAAUAGUUUAAAUCACAGCAAGGGGUUAUCAGGAGACUCUUCUGUCAUUCAGAGUGGCGAGCAUUACAAAAUGAUAAAUGGUGUUCUUUCUUCUCAGAACAAUGUUAAUGUUAACCUGGUUAAGUGUGAUUAUUCUAGUCAGAAUUUUACUUCAGUAAAAGCAGCAAGUGAAAAAUCAGUCAGUGUCAAAAGUCUUUUGCUGAAUGUAAAAAAAAGACAAACGAGACAUUCUUUAAGUGGAUCGGAUAUUUCUGAUCAAGACUUUGAUGGUCUUAGUACAUCUGUUAUGAAUAAAACAGAUCUAUCAGAAACUAUAUCUUCUACUAGACUUCCUUCACCAGGAAUUUCUGACUGCAGACAAAAGAAAGAAAAAGAAAUUGUAUCUUCAAGCUUGCAGACAGCUGUGUCUUGUCCAACACAUUCAGAAGAAAAUACUGUCCAUGUUUCAGUACAUAAUACAGAGGAACAGUUUAGAUCUAGCCCAGAAGCAAAACUAACUUUAAAUUUACUUUGUAAGUUACGAACUGGCAAACUUGGAAAUCAAGUGGCAGCACAAACUAUUCAAUUACAUGAAUCUGUUGUAACUCAGUCCAGUUUAAAUUCUGUGACUGUUAAAAAAGAAACACAGAAGUUAAAAGAUUCUCAGCCACAUAAAGUUAAACUACAGUCUCUAAUGUUUGAUAAGAAAGAUGUAGCUCCCACCUGCAAUUCUGUCCAGUUGUCUAAACAGACAAACUCACUACUUCCGAGUGUAUCAUCAGUGUCAGAAAUUAGCGUGUCACACACACAAACACCUGAAACCUCUGAACAAGCAGUCAGUUCUGAUAUUAGCUAUGCCAGUCAAAGUUUGAAAUCACAUGGAAAAAGUGAUCUGCUUAAUCUCUUGAGUCUUAUAAAAAAGAAAACCUCUACCAACUGCUCAACAAAGUUUGUAACCACUGUCAAUAAUCAGUCUAGCCAGCAUCUGUUACAUUCCAAAGACACAACUACAACUGGAACAAAAUUUAGAGAUAAGUAUUUGGGCCAUAAAGAUAUUGAAAACUUUCAAAAGGAUUGUGGAAAUAACCUCGGAAAAGAACAGGUGCCGGUAUCAUUUAGUGCACUACAAAAUAAAAAAACAGAACACUUUCAAGAAACUGGGAACAGCAGUUUUAAAGAAAAAGUGGUUGUACCAUCUAAUAUGUUGGGAAGUACAGUAAAGGGACAUGUGCAGGAAAGUCAAAACAGCAAACUUGGAAAAGGACAGGUAAAGUUAGAUGAUGCUUCAGAAAAUACAAAAAUUAGACACUUUCAAGGAAGUCAAAAUAACAACCUUAGUAAAGAAGUAUCAAAUGAUAGAUUUGAAAAAAAAAUUACGAAAUGGCUUCAGAACAGCAAAUUUGUUCAGAAAGAGAUGACGUUAGAUGGUACUUUAGAAAGUAAAACAGAACACCAAGAAAUUCAGAACAAUAACUGUAGAAAAGAGGUGAGAGUGCCUCAUGACAGAUGUGAAAACAAGAUGACAGAAGUCCUACAGGUAAAUUAUGACAACAGCCUUAGAAAGGAGGAUAUAGCAAUAUUAAAUACUGCAUUAGAAAAUGAGAAAAAAUGUUUUCACAAAAGUCAGAACAGCAGUCUUGAAAAGGAAAAGUGUGCAGUACCAGCUGUUUUGUUAGAAAACAAGAUGAUAAAAUCCUUAGAUGAGAAUCAGACCAGUCAAAUUGAAAAAGAGUUGGAAACAGAAAACCUUCAGGAUAAUAAAGAUUUGGAACAUCUUCAAAAAUAUCUGUCCAAUUAUUUUGGAAAAGAAGAGAUAGAAUUACCAGAAUUUUUGGAAAAUGUCAGGUGUCUCUUGAACAAAAAAAUUUUCAAGUCUCAGAGUUGA